AACUAACGUCAAUGUCAUCACAAAUAACAAAAUAAAAAUGGUUUCUGUGUUCAUUUUGGUCGACAACCUAAAUUUACAUUAGCCAAAUAAAAAUAUUGUUUUGAGAUAAACGCUCCCGCUGCGCUUUAACAUAUACAACUAACAGUUACUUAUGAAAUGAUACUGUAAAAGACCAAUAAAUAUUGACGACGAUAACAAUAAUUAUCGAAAUUUAGUGGCACACCCCAAAGUGGUUGAGAAAUUAGCAGAAUUUGUGACAAUAUUAUGCUAAAAAUGAGAUUAAAUUCAGAUAUAUCAGAUGCUCUGCAGCAUAUCGAAGCUGUUAAGAAAGUUAUUGACGAGUCAGAUGAUGCUAAGCUUCAACUAAAUACUGGCGAAAGUUUUGAUUUAAUCUUUCGCAUACUGCAAGAUCCAAUUUUACGCAGCAUUGCUCAAGUGCAGGAUUCAUUGAGCGAUUUAAACACACAGAUCACCAAACAUCCGUCUAUUCUACCCAGCGAUUUUGAUAUAAGUACAUCCGGUGAAUUGGUUCUGAAUGUUCCGACCACUUUGGACUUAUACGAUCCGGACUAUCCUGACCAGGAACAACGUGUACCAUCUGCACAAUUGUCACCCAACAGUCAAACCGAAGAUGAUAUGAUGGUCGAAGAGCAGAACUUGAAUAUACUGAAAAAGACCCGUGGCUAUUCAGAUUUAGUGCGAGCUGACGACGAACGACCCCAAUCCGCUGUUAGUGAUUCGUCAAAGCAUUUGAAUGAAAUGAUGACCGAAUGGGUUCAGAUUCAAUCGCUUGAAUUGGUCAACGAUGGCACUGGUUUGGGUUUUGGCAUCAUCGGCAAUGCUAGAACAUCCGGCGUUAUUGUGAAAACGAUUCUGGGUGGCGGUGUGGCUGAUAGAGACGGUCGACUAAUCAGUGGUGAUCACAUAUUGCAAAUUGGUGACGUAAAUUUGCAUGACAUGGUUUCGGAACAGGUUGCGACGGUUUUGCGACAAUCUGGUACACAUGUACGUCUUGUUGUGGCUCGUCCAGUUGAUCCAGCAAAGACUGCUCAAGAUGUUGAAGGGACUGCGAUUGUACCGGCAAGACUUCUGUCGGAUCCAAACGAAUUGGAACGCUAUCUUAUCGCUGCUGGUUAUCCAGACAUAUUUGGUAUAAUAUCAACUCCAUCCACGCCAACACCAACUGCCGACAGUAAAUUUCAUUAUCGUGAUGAUCAUAUGUCAUCUGGUGAUUUGCAAUCGAUUGCAAAUCGUCCGCCAAUAUCUCCACCGAGUGAUCUCGAUCUGCCCGAAACUGAACGAUUUAUCGUUGAACUAACGAAAGACGCUAAUGGACUCGGAAUCACUAUAGCCGGAUAUGUAUGCGAGAAAGAAGAACUAUCUGGAAUAUUUGUGAAAUCUGUGUCUGCUGGAUCAGCAGCAGAUUUGAGCGGACGAAUUCAGGUCAACGAUCGGAUCAUUGAAGUCGACAAACAAUCAUUGCAAGGAUAUUCAAACCAUCAGGCUGUAGAGGUGCUUAAGAAAAGUGGAACGGUUGUUCAGCUUUGUCUGGAACGAUAUCUUCGUGGGCCCAAAUACGAUCAACUUCAGCAAGCUAUUUUAGCUAACGAAAUGAAACCGCCGACACCGAUUCUUCCGCCACCAAUUAUGACACCGGGCCGGCCACAUAGUGUUCUGUCAAUGACACCAGAUUUUGUGCGACGAGCAUCCGUUAAUGAUUCAUUUUCUCGUGAAAAAAUGGAGGUGGAAAAGUCACCGGUGACAGCUACGAAAAGUACUCCUAUUGCUGUAGUAAGCGGUGUGGUUACUUCGAAUCGUAAGUUAAUGCACGCAAAAGAUUCAAUCGAAAGUAAAUUGCGUGCGGAAGCAGAAGAAUUAUUGGCAGAGGACAACGAUAACGUUUCCACAUUAGCGCAAGCAAUGAAUUCAGUUGCUAUCCAUAAUCGGCAUAAAUAUUGGGUGGAGCCGGUACUCACUGAAGCUAUUGAACGUGAGAUUCGAACGAGAUGGCAGGCUGUGUUGAAUUCUGACAUGAAAAUUAUCGUUGCGCAAAUUCGAAAAUUUGCUGCUAUGAGUGGCCUGGGAAUAUCUUUAGAGGGUACAGUUGAUGUCGAAGGCGGUAUGGAGGUCCGUCCACAUCAUUAUAUUCGUUCAAUUUUACCGGAAGGUCCGGUGGGUCAGAAUGGAUUGUUGAGAUCUGGUGAUGAGCUACUAGAGGUGAACAACCAACGUUUGCUUGGCAUGAAUCACCUUGAAGUCGUUUCCAUACUAAAAGAGCUACCGCAGGACGUGCGCAUGGUUUGUGCUCGUGGUGAAGUUGAAUUGAUCCCAUUCACUGAAGAAAAUGUGAGAAAGAAUCUGGGCGGUAAUUUUGGUGGUUCGCAGAAUUUCGACAGCGCCAUUGCAUCAUCAGACAGAUUAGUUAAAGCCAAAUCCGAUGGAAGUUUGGCUACGAGUGGCACGAAUGCCGAAGAUUCUUUCAGCAAAUUAAAAUCCAGAUCCUUGGAACCGCUGACUGGGUUAGCAAUGUGGAGUUCAGAACCUCAAAUUAUCGAACUUAUCAAGGGAGAGCGUGGCCUUGGAUUUUCCAUUCUCGAUUAUCAAGAUCCGUUGGACGCAAACGAUACAUUAAUUGUCAUUCGAUCGCUGGUUCCCGGAGGUGUGGCCCAAUUAGAUGGACGUUUGAUUCCCGGAGAUCGUUUAUUAUUUGUAAAUGACAUUAAUCUGGAGAAUUCAUCACUCGACCAGGCCGUUCAGGCACUGAAAGGGGCACCGAAGGGCGUUGUCAAAAUUGGUGUCGCCAAACCAUUGCCGAUGGCCGAUCAUUCGAUAGCAAACGGUGCAAAUCAAACUGAUCCGGAUGUUAUACCGGAAUGGAAGGGGAAAUAAUAUUUAAUCAUACCAAGAUCUGAUUUCGAGGCGUUUUUGGCGUUGUACAAAAAUUUGGAUGGAAUUCUCAAAUUUUUGGAACACGUUGCUAGAAAUGGUCAACAACAGAAGUAGGGAUACAAAAGUAAGCGAUUUUCUUGAAUUGAAUUGAAUUAUUUGUGUUCGACCAAACAUUUUCGUUCGAUUGAUCCCGGGUAUUUGUUAACGAAAACGUUGGCGCGAAAGAUUCGAUUUAUUGAAAGCAAUUGGUCAUUUACAAUUUAUGCAAAUUCAAUUCGACGGACAAUUCCGGAAAUUCCUCGAUGUCAUUUUGAUGGUAUGUUUCAAUCAUUUUUUUUUUGCGUUUCUUUUUCGUAUUGAGAACGUUCAAAAAUCUGAACGGAACAAAAAAAGUAUUUACUUUGAGACAAAUUGGCUCAAUUUUAGAUUUUAGAAAUUAAAUUAAGAGAACAAAUAAUCCCAUGUACAAUGCAAGCAAGCGGCUGACCACAGUCUCAAAUCUCAAAUAGUCUUAGAGUUUGGGUGUUGGAAGGUGUUACAGUGUAGCUUCCUUUAUAGCAUUCCGCAUCAAGCUACAUUUGAAUUUGUAGCGUUGCUAAAAUAGAUUGCGGAUAACUGAAAACUUUCCAGCAAGAGUGCACAAGUGUCGCAGCAUAACAUCAAAUUCCGCCUGCAAGUUCAUAUAUGUGUUUUAGGCAGCUAGAUUCCAGUAAAAUCAUUUUUAAAUUCUUCCAACCUUUAUUUAAAAAAAAACCUUUCUUUGUGUCGCCGUCGUGACUUUCUUUUUUAAUUUUCUUCCUUUGUCAAACUUCUAGAGCGUUGAAGUACUUUCGAGACUCUGAUUUCCAAAUUUCUAUCGUCAGAUUUCCAAAUAUCUGUCGUCGGACUUCCAAAUAUUAGGACAAUCUCGGUCGUCUACUAGUUAGACCAUUACCUACUCCAUUUUUAGAUGCUAAAACUAUUUACUUUUCCAAUCGACUCAGAUCUAACUUCUUUUUAACAUUUUGUGAUGGUGGUCUUUAAUUGUAGAGACGAGUUAACGUAGAUGCGUAGACAGUAUAUUGAUGACCUAUGCUCGUAUUUAUGGACACUAGAAUAUUUAACUUUAUCUUUAGAAGAGUCUAUGCUCUCUAUACGAUAACGUUUGGCUCUCUUUAAAAUUCUGACCAGAGCUCAUCGCUUAUUUUUGUCAGUAUCAUCAUUAAUUCAUGACUAAAUCAAUAGCCGUUCCUAAUUGGUUAAUUAUUAUCAAAGCCACACAAAUUUCUUUAAAGUUGGUGGAAACUUCUUCACAUGCACACUCAACAGUAACGUAAAAUUAACUUAGGCUAAGGACAACAGUUGUUAUAGCAGAUAUAGUUGCUCAAGGCACUAGAAUUUAGAAACUUAC